AGAGCCGAUCGCCUGUGUGGAUCUCUUGAACGCCGCGUCCUUCCGUUCUUCCUUUCGCCCCCUCUCCCUCCUCUCUCUCUGUAUCACUUUUGUGAUUAUUUAUUCAUCACAUCCUCUUCUCAUCUGUCCGCUAAGGUAUAUUCAAUUAAUCAUCUACUUAUAUCUCUAGCGCGACCUCUUUUUGUGUUACAUAUUCUCUCUAUUUCUUCUGCUAGACUAUACCUUGUUCGUGAUAUCAUUUUUUUAUCACUGUCAACUUCGCAAUAAAUACGCCAAGACGAUUUGAGCAAUGGGGAGUCAUAGGUUGUCGUCAACAUCCCUUACUGGACUUUAGAAAAACAGUCACGUCAAUCUGCGUUCGUUUGUGCUAUUACACUUGGCGUAUGAGUUUAUUUAAAUUUGGCAAGUAACUUCUAAUUACUUUCCGUUAGGAACACUUUGCCCGCUGAUCGACAGUUAAUAGGGAUUCGCUUCCGAUGACGAACGCGGUUCAUUACGUCUAUCCUGCCCGAGUUUCGGCUUAUGGCUUUGUUUUCUGUCGAUUGUAACGUUCGUAACAAUUGUUCCCUAUUUACAUUGUCAUCAUCUUUCUCCUGAAGCUUUCAGCCUCAGGCCUUAAGCCCGUUUCACGUAAUCUCUUCCUAUACCCUUUACUCUUUACCUACACUUCCGAAAAAACAACACAGUAAUACAAUCUGUUCAAGUAACCGCAUCAGAGUUAUUGUCUAUCGCGCGCGAAACUACAUGUGUCGAUCUUAGUCUUAAUAAGUGAACUAGUCUGUAUCAGAAAAUUCGCCCAAUGUAAAAAUAAUCGACUCGAAUCGUCAAGUGGUCGCGCAAGCGGAUCUCCAAUGGAUUAAAAAAACGGAGUGGACCUGUGAAUUAUGAACGUGAAUAAAAAUUUAAAAUACGAAGAGGACACACUCAAUUCAUCGAAGACGAGGAUCCUGUGGUCAAAAUCGUACGAGGCUAAGGGUGGAGUCGUCGUCGGACGUAAAUGGGAAAGUGAUAAAUUCUUGUGUAAAAUAGAAAGAAUAGGUCGAUUCUGCUUUUAAAAAUUUCGCAUUCGGAUACCCUUGUACGCGAUAAAGUAUCGAUACUGUUGUCUGGGAUAAAGUGAAGAGAGCGAGGGAAGAAAAGGAAGUAGAGAAAUUCUCUUGGAAUUGUGUCUGUAACUAGGAAGAGAAUGCAAUUGGAUUUUUCCUAUAGAAUCAUAUAGAGAAGAGAAGUAAAGAAGCUGUCGGAUAGAGCGACUAGGGGAAAGUGUGGGAAAAAUCUGUUUUACCGACUGUUGGUAUCGCGAUAUAUAACAUAACGCAUCGAUCAUCGGAUAUAAGAAUUGCAAGGAGCGACAAGGGUCAAGUUUAACAAGAAAAAUUUCCAUUUAAAAAGGAGAAACAGCAGGAACUGACGUCAGGUUGAUAUUGUUGUCCCGGAGAGAAGGGGUUGCGAAGAAAAAUGGAAGAGUAUGAAAAGAUUUUUAAAAAAUAAUAAAAGUGAAUGACAGGUUGGCGAAUUGAAGAAACAAAAUUAUUAUCCACAUCUCUCGGUGCGUGGACUGGAAAAUAAUAUUUGACGAGUCUGCGACUGGACGCCGGGACAUUGUACAGAUGAGUAGCGAGUGAAAGGCUGGCAUUGAGGUUUUUAUUUUUGGAAAAAAAAAAGGGGGAAAAAGAAAAGUACUCAGCGUCCAUACAGAAAUGCAAGGUCCGUUUAAAAUUGCAAGCGGAACGCGACGUGUUGCAGUCAGAAAGAUGAGAAAUGGUGAAAGGUGGAACCGCACGUAAAAAAAAAAGGGCAAGUAACAUCCAGACGCGAAACUGAAAAUUAAAGGUACGUUCGGAAGAAAAGGGAGUACGGUUUUACAAUAAAAAAAACGGCAAAAAUACGAAUAGCAAUCUACAGUGAAAAAGGUAGAAAAUUGAAAACGACCCCCGUAGCUCAGUCUAACUAGAGCGAAAUACGUCCCGAUGGCAAACGCUGAUAACAGACCGGAAGUAAAUGAAGAACCAGGACGUGGCACAAAGGACCCAAGAAAUGUUUAAAUAAAAAUUUGUCAAAUUUCUUUUUUCUUUUCAGGACGGUUACAAAAUCCUGAUGGAAUACAUUCAGGGGCGCAAGGCUUAAUUACAUGAAGAUCGCCACGGAGCUCGCAAGCUCAAUAUCAAAGGUAUCGGACGUUGUGACGGUACCUUAAAAACCCAUUAGGACUUUGAUAUUGGGAGGACAAAAAAAAAUUGUCUCUUUGGUGAAUAACCUUUGAAUUGAAUAUGGAUUCCUCUGACGUGGUUACUCCUAUUGGAGCGAGAAAGAGAGAGACAGUGACUGUGCACGAGAGAGAGAGAGAGACAAAGACCGACUCGUCCAAAGCCUGUUGAGGUCAUCCGUGCAUGAAACGGAAGUGGAAGUGGACUUCGACAACCAGACCAGCUACUCCGGCAGCGAGCAGGAUAGAUACUUGGAGCUACCCAUCAUUAUUACGAGGGAUUGGAUAGAUCGGAGGAAAGGAAAAAUUAAUGAAAAUUAAUAAUAAUAGAGGCGCGCGAAGUUACGGAUAAUUAAUCGAAUUUUUUGGAUAUAAUUAAUUAAAUUGAAAUAAAAGAAAUGCAUAUCUAGAUAUAUCGAUAAGUUUUAUUGAACUUUUUACUCCUUUGAUCUAAUUAAUUUACUCGAUUCAAUUAAACGCGAUCAAUCGAUUACGUUAUAAGAAUUAUUUUCUUAUUGCAUCUUUACACGCGGUAUGGAUUAUAUUUUUUUUGUUGAUUUUUUAAAAAAUUUUUUAACUAUGCCCUAAUCCGUUUUUAUGGUAAUGAAAAUUUGCACUGAUUGUAAAUACUGAUAAUGAUAAUAUCCAGUGUUUAAUUACAUAAGUGGGCAUAUAGAUACUUUAACGAAAGUUUAACAGGGUCGAUUCUUAUCGCGUGUUAACAAACUGAACGUUCAAGUUUCGCGAGUUUGCUUAACGCGCGAAACGCCGAACGAAAGUGGCGUAAGUAAUUCAACGUGAAAAUGUUGAUUCUCGAAGUGCGCAAAUUUUUGGGAUUGAGUUCACGAAAGCGCUGAAUUACGUUUACAUAAAUUGUGCGCGACUAUGUGAAUAACAAGAAGCGAAAUGGGGCUGGUGCCCCAAGGGGGAGCCGUAAGAUUAUUUAGUGAAAUAUCGAAAUAAAGUUUUAAAAAACUAAAUAAAUAUAAACAAGUGACUGUGGGCGUACCGAGUGAAAUAAUAAAUUUGUAAAAAAAAUUUUCAAAAUUUCCCCCCCAAAAAAACUUUUCUUUUUUUCUCGCAAUAUUAAGACCCAUACAAAAAAAAAGAGAGAGAAUAUUAUAGAAUUAUUUUGAAAAUUUUUUUUUCUUUUCAUAUCUUUCUCUCAUUCCCGACAUCGUUAAGCUACCCGCUACUCUCCGACCGGAAAAAAAAGCUCCUUGGCAAAUAAACAGCGUUUAACAUCGGCGAAGCACGAGGUGUCGUAAAUUAUCAAAGUGACUUCGCCGAACCCACGUAAACCGCAACUCGACUCGUACGUAAAAGUAAUAAAGCAACUAGACGAAAUUCCAGGACCCAGCCGAACGUAAAGAUAGUCAGCUGUACUUUAUAUCCGUCGGUAUGCAGUCGCUCGAGGAACUUUUCUACGCGACAUCGUCUACGUUGAAUUGGACUUCGUUGUUCUACCAGAACUUGACGAGCCAAAACAACACGAACGUAACCGAUCUGCAAUCGGGUAAUCAAUUCAUAUUGCCCUGGUGGCGUCAGAUGAUCUGGACCGUUUUAUUCGCUGGAAUGAUAGCCGUUGCCACCGGUGGAAAUCUUAUUGUCAUAUGGAUCGUCAUGGCCCACAAAAGGAUGCGCACUGUUACCAACUACUUCUUGGUAAAUUUGAGCAUUGCAGACGCUAUGGUGUCCACGUUGAACGUCACGUUCAAUUACACUUAUAUGCUGAACAGUCAUUGGCCAUUUGGAAAUCUUUACUGCAAGAUCAGCCAGUUCAUCGCCGUUUUGACUAUCUGCGCCAGCGUCUUCACAUUGAUGGCCAUAUCAAUAGACAGAUACAUGGCCAUUAUGAAUCCACUGAAGCCACGUAUGGGAAGAAGAGCGACACUCUGCAUAGCAAUAGCAAUUUGGAUAGUCGGCGCCAUUUUGUCACUGCCAAUGUUACUGUUCUACAAGACGUAUACGCAAAAUUUUGUCAACGGCGAAGUACGUGUCAUCUGCUACAGCGAUUGGCCAAACAUAAGCGACGACGGUCUCAGCUACGAAGAAUAUCUGUACAACGUCAUUUUUAUGUUUCUAACGUAUUUUCUACCAAUUGGAUCGAUGACCUAUACCUAUGCAAGGGUUGGCCUUGAAUUGUGGGGCUCGCAGAGCAUCGGCGAGGCCACGCAGAGACAACUGGAUAAUAUUCGAAGCAAACGAAGGGUAGUCAAAAUGAUGAUCGUCGUGGUGGUGAUAUUCGCCGUAUGUUGGCUGCCCUUUCACGUUUACUUCAUAGUGACGUCAUAUCUGCCGGAAAUCACGAACGAGCCCUACAUCCAGGAGCUCUAUCUGGGCAUCUAUUGGUUGGCCAUGUCCAACAGCAUGUACAACCCGAUUAUUUAUUGCUGGAUGAAUUCCAGAUUUCGCCGUGGAUUCGCCCAAUUCUUCUCGUGGUGUCCGUGGGUGCGGGUCGCCCCGGAACCAUCGCUGUCCAGAUCGGAGGCCGUGACCUCGCGAUACAGCUGUACCGGAAGUCCCGAAUCUCACGCAAGGAUUUCACGGAACGGCACGGUAAGGAUACCGCUGCACUUACAAUCAACCAGAGGAAUGGCCGGCAAUAGUCGAUUUCCGGUUCACCAUCGUGGCCACGGAAAAAGAUGGAGGACAUCCCAGACACGUGGACACGUAUCCUGACAGGAAGAGGAUACCGCGCAGCAACAACGAGU